GACAUUGUGAUUUUUUUCUCUCUCUCUAUCUUAUUUAAUUGGUCCACCGGGAUCCGGGGCGAGUCCUCCGUUUGCAGCUGCGCAGCUUUAAUUGGCUGGAGAUUCCACUAAAAUACUAUUGGAAAAAGCCGAGAGUUUAUACAGUUUAGAUCCCGGUCCCUUCUGAUAAACCCACUCAUUACCGAGACCAAAGCUGGACAAGCUUUACGCAGAGACUCUCCAGAAGCCUGUUCAGAUAUCAGACGCGCAUCACCCAGAGAGAUCUGUGCGCGCAUCUCCACACUGACGCGCAAAGACGCGCAACCUCUCCAUCCGCCUCACUCUUGAGAGAGCCAUCGAUGAGCACACAUCUGAUAGGAGAAAACCACAGGACAAGAGUUUCAGACAGUCACUCUGAGAGAUCGCAUCGCAUCGGACUGCUGCUUUCCAUGAAGACGCCCUUGGAUGUGUGGAUGCGUCCUGUGGCUUGAAGAGUUUCAUGUCAGUUUAAGUUGUCUGGAAGAAUGUGUUGGAAUUUUGUCUUUAUUUUCUGGACGGAGAGACAUCGUUGCGCUCCUGCUGAACACGCAACAAACUAAACACCUGGAACUCCAGUCCUCUGCUGAAAGUCGUUAUUUUCUAAGGGAAUUAUUUCGGAAGGCAGUGAUCUUAAGGCUGAACCGGCACAGAGAAAGGUAAUGAGGGAUCGCACCUGAAGAUGGAGCUUUUCUGGAUUUUAUUAUUUUCAGUACUCCACCGGUACGUGCAAACGCAAGGAGUUUACGCUCCUGCAAAUGCUCAGAUUGUGCAUUCUGGGCAGGCGUGUGUGGUGAAGGAGGACAACAUCAGUGAACGGAUCUACACCAUCCGAGAGGGGGACACGUUAGUUCUGCAGUGCCUGGUCAAAGGACACCCACGGCCUCAGGUACGGUGGACCAAGACAGCAGGCAGCGCUUCCGACAAGUUCCAGGAGACGUCUAUCUUCAAUGAGACUCUACGGAUCCCAAACAUCCAGAGAGUGCAGGGCGGCCGCUACUACUGCAAAGCUGAGAACGGGGUGGGGGUGGCUGCCAUCAAGUCCAUUCGCGUAGAUGUGCAGUAUCUGGAUAAGCCUGUGCUCACGGUGCACCAGACGGUGGGUGAUGUACGAGGGAACUACUAUCAGGAGAAAACAGUGUUUUUACGAUGUACGGUAAACUCCAACCCUCCCGCUCGCUUUAUCUGGAAACGGGGAAAUAAACCAAUCGAACAGAGCAAAGACAACGGCGUCGACAUCUACGAGCCUCUGUACACGCAGGGUGAGACAAAGGUGCUGAAACUGAAAAACCUCCGUCCACAGGACUUUGCUAAUUACACCUGUCAGGUGUCCGUACGGAACGUGUGUGAUAUUCCGGACAGCUCUGUCACCUUUCGCCUUACCAAUAGCACCACACCCCCUGCUCUCAAGCUGUCUGUGAACGAGACGUACGUGGUGGACCCAGGCCAAGAUGUCACGUUGUCGUGUGAGGUAACGGCAGGGUUUCCCACGCCUACAGUCACCUGGUCGCGGUACCCUGGGUCUCUCCCUCAGCGGUCCGUGAUCCGAGGUGGGUCCCUCACUCUCUGGUCCGUCACUCCCACUGAUGCCGGCAUCUACAACUGCACAGCCGUCAACAAUGUGGGAAACCCUGCAAGAAGAACCGUCAACCUCCUUGUGAGAUCCAUGAAGAACUUAACAUUCCAGAUCACGCCGGACUCCAACAAAGACAGCGAGAGCAUACAGAUGGGUCGAGACCUCAAACUUUCCUGUCACGUUGACGCCCAGCCUCAGGACAAGGUGAACUACACCUGGUACAAGAACGGAGUUCUCAUCUACCCCACAGACAGUCUCAUCGUGCUGCGCAGCGACCCAGACAUGCCGCCCGGUACCAGCAGCCUGGAAAUCGUGGACAUGAAGUUCAGAGAUCAGGCCACCUACAGCUGCGUAGCGAACUUCCCUGGGAGCAACGUUCCUGAACUGCGAGUAGACGUGAACAUCACGCAGAGCAGCGUCGUUCCUCCUGUUCUGAGCGUGCCAGUCGGAGGGGGUGUGGUCAAUGUCAGUGAGGGUGGUACUGCAGAGCUCGUGUGUUUGGUCGAUGGUAAGCCCCGCCCGCCCGUUCUUUGGUCUCGUGCCAACAAGGACCUGCCCAUGCCAUCGGGGGAUUGGGUGGUGGAAACACGCGAUGGACGUUUGCGCCUGACCAAUGUGACGCGGGACAUGAUGGGAGCGUACCGCUGCCAAACCGCACCUUACAACGGCCUAAACAUCAAACGCAGACAGGCUCAAGUGCAGCUCAACGUGGAGUACCCUCCUGUUGUGGAUCCAGUCCUGCUGGAUGUCCGUUCUCAAACAUCCUCGACAGUCAAUCUCCGCUGUGUGGUUCUCAAGUCCAAUCCAAACCGAAUAGCCAGCGCCCGCUGGUACCGUAAUGGGACGCCCAUCCGAACCCCUCCGGUGGACCCUCAAAGUGUCCCUCAGCUACGCUUCAAACUAGACACCUCUAAUAACGGCACUUAUGAGUGCAGAGUGAGCAAUGGAGUCGGUACCUCAACCUGCACCUUCAUUGUGUCUGCUCAGCCGUUUAAUGCAGAGUUUUACUACGACACUCCAAACCCCAUUCGCACCUUGAAGAACAAUUAUUCCUACAUCUUACAGUGGACACAGAAAGAGCCCGGCGCUGUGGACAAAAUCAUCGGCUACUGGAUCAAUGUCCAACAGAACCGACAGACGGUUUUAUCCAAGCAGAUCACCACUAAAGAGCCAGUGAAAGGUGUGCUGAUGUCCUACACGCUGACAGACUUGCGUAUUCCCUUGUCGUAUGAGGUCAGCCUCACUCCCAUAACUAGCUACGGCACCGGAAACACAGUCACACGCACCAUCCAGUACUCAGAGCCCUACACUUAUCCAAGACCUUCCGAUCAUGUGUGCGGGUUUGAGGAUAUUAGGAUAUGUGGGUUCACUCAAGACCGCAGUGAUGUGUUUGACUGGACCAGACAGAACCAUCUCACCCAGAAUCCCAAACGAUCGGUUAAUACAGGGCCUGAUAUGGACCGGAGUGGGACGAAAGAAGGUUACUACAUGUACAUUGAGACAUCGCGGCCACGUCAGGCCGGGGACCGAGCUCGUCUACUCUCUCCACUGUACAAUGUGACGGCAGCCCGAGGACCGACGGGGACCACCAGAACCCCCUACUGUGUCUCAUUCUACUACAACAUGAACGGAAAACAUAUUGGCACGCUCAAUGUUCUGAUGAGGGUGAAGAGCAUCGCCACUGUGGAUUCUGCUGUCUGGACCCUCUCCGGACACCAGGGGCCUGAAUGGAGGAAGGCAGAUGCUGAGAUCUAUCCCAGCGGACCAUUCCAGGUGGUGUUCGAAGGUAUCCGUGGAAAUGGCUUUGAGGGAGACAUUGCUAUUGACGACGUUUCUGUUACCAAGGGGAAGUGCAAACAAAAGGAUAGCGUGGACAAAACAGCAGUUCUGUCUGGGACACACCAGAGUCUUCACCUUCUCCCUGUGAUCGUCCAGCUGCUCUGCACCAUCUGCCUGACAUUCCUCCUUAGAUGAUACAGAUACCCGAGCACACACCGCCAGCGUAGAACGCCCCCCGCGGCAGCAAUAAGAACUGCCCCGACAUGUGACCACCCUUCCUGCUGCUGCCUUCCUCAUUUCCCCCUGUGUUUCCUGCUUCUCAUGUCCUUUGUCCUUACUUCACACCAUUUCUUACCAUUAUUCGUGUCUACUUUUUCUUUGGUAUCAUCUUUGUGGUCACUUGUUGAGCUUUUACCUGCUAUGUGGCACCUUUUAUGUUUUAUAUAAGCAUAAUCUCAGUUAAUUUUGAUCAUUUCUGUCCAUAUGUCUUGACAUCUUCACAUAAUCCGCCCCGUUUUCCCUGUGUAUGUAUCUGACACGCCAAAGUGUCAACUGUUACCAAAGAUGACGGAGGGCUUACAGGAUGAACAGAUGGCUGAAAGAGUGACAAGGACGUCCUUUCCCCAAAUGAACUACUUUUUCCACAGACUCAAGUGCAUGGAGAUGCAAUUUCCUUAAGACAUUAAGAUUGCAAGGAAUAAUGUGAGCAGGAAUGGAGAAGCGAAACGAGUGGUCACAAAGUUACUGAUGGACCUGUACAUGCACGUGUAUAUGAUGUAUUGGGAAGUAUCGAGCUACAGAAAAGACAAACGGACUCCGAUUGCAACUUCUAGGACUAUGACAAUGUGAAACUAAAGAAGCACAAAUUUAUAUCUUUUUUUUUUUUUUGUAGUUAUUUUGGUUCCUUUACGUGGUAUUCCGUCAGUCUGGGUUUGCUGUAUACUUCUUGUCCUUUGGCUUUCUUUACAGUGUGCCACUGCUGCAUUGCAAUUCAGUUUGUUAUGGGGUAGAAUUUGGUUCUGAAAAUGACACAAUGUGAACUUUGGACCAGAAGAGCAUCAGUUACCUCACCCUCAAUUUACAAGAUUCAUAAAGCACUUGGACAAACUUGUGAGACCGAUUACUUUAGCUUCAAUCAAACUGCCAGGAGAGUGUUGACUCACUGGGUCAGUUGUUCUCCUUCAGCAAUAGGACCGUACCUCUGACUGCAAUGAACGUUCUCCUCUUCAUGGAUAUGGGCACAUGGAUUCCAACAGAAGACUGCCUCUGGACAGACAAACUGCACUCUUGGCUUUGAUGUUCAAGAAUGUCAUUUUGCAUAGUGUUAGAGAGAAAUCGCAUGUACAUGCAAGCUCUUCAAGGGUUGCCAUUAACAAACUAUUUUAUUUUGGAAGUUUUGAGAUGGCAGCAAACAGUGUUGACAUGAAAAGUUGUGCUUAAAGAGACACAAUGUUCAUCGCUCAUGCAUCCUACAGUAAUGCUGCAUUCCAUUUACAUCGGUAAGUUGAAAUUUCCAGCUUCCUACUUGAAAAACUGCAAUAGAUUGCCACUUGAAGUCACUUGAACUUGAAAAGAGGGUGGCAUCAGAGUCCUGCUCGGGUCCUGUUUGGUAAACUUGAACACCCGACCUGUUAUCCGACAGAAGCACUAAUUUAAUUCUGUACCCGACCAGACUCAACCCGUUUGACAUAAAGUGGUGUAUAAUGAACUGUUAUGUUUUUAUUACCUUAGAAUAAGCCAUUUCUGUCUCAUACACCGUGGGUCCCCCCUCCAUGUCAAGUCGUCAUUUUGCGUCGGCAUGUUUCUACAGCAGCCCUAAACGGACAAACACUCUACAGAGCGCGUAUCAUCACUAUGUUGUUCUUGCAGCUUGCAUCGUCACUACCUUGAAUACGCACAAAGAAGAAGUAGUAGUCGUCUGGUUUAUAAGAAGCAGAGACCGUUCUUUGUUAGAAGUAAGAAGAAACCUCAUUGCUUGACUGGCUAACAAACUCUCUGCUCUCUCAGACGACAGAUGGCCACAGUAGCUUCUCAAAUCACGCAAAAGGGAGGGGUGAGCUGCCGUUGGUUGCAGUUCGCAACCUCACCACUAGAUGCUGCUAAAAUGUACACACUGCACCUUUAAAAGAACAUAUAGCCAAAUGUGAGUGAGCCUUUAUAGUAUCGGGGAUAUUUUAGAGAAUUCACUCUGCAUUUAAAUGCGGUUGUCUUUCCUGAAACUCUGCAGUGUAAACGUAGCAUGAAAAAUAAAUAUUUUAUUCAAAUUAUGAAUACAGAAAGCGAGAAAAGACUGAAGCUGCCAAUCACUUCAGUUGCAGCGCGAUUGGCUAGAAUGCUCAACGCUGCAAAGCGUGUUGUAAUUAGAAACCUUUGACGGUCUUCAGACUACAGAACGUGAACACAAAUAAGCAUGUGAUCGUUUGAAAUCAGCUGCCUAUCAGUGGGUACCGAAUUGAGUCUAAAUAGUCUUGGCUAUUGGACCUGCAUUCCACCCGUGCCUAUUGAUUCCCGACCCGCACCGCAAAUGACAACGUAAAUGUUAUUCCACCCGUUACAUCAAAUAUUAGCGCUUCACCCGUCAGGUACCCGCCUGCGUGCAGGACUCUGGGUGGCAUCCAGUGAGAUGCACACAGUUUUAAUAAUAAACAUUCACUUUUAAGCAAAUAAAAUACAUCAAAUAAGUCAAAGUUCCUAUGUUAAAUGAUGAUAAAACAUGUUUAGCAAACAUCUGCAGAUAAAUAAUCAUACACCUGCAGAACAAAUGCUAGCACUGUGUAGCAUCAUUUAUCUUCCAAUUUGGUUACUAGAAGACUUCUCUGUUGACAGUCAAGAUCUGUACAGCAAACGGUAGCAUUGCCAUUAUAUUUUCUUAUACAUCACCUUCCAAACUUUUGGCAAUGGAACACCUUUAUGCUUGGAAGUCGGAGAUAUCAAGUAGGAAUAUCCCACGUCUGACUUCGAAUGGAAUGCAGCAUAAGUCACAGAUGCCAAUGGAUUAAGAUUCAGAUGCAAUAUGUUGUGAUUGAGGAUUUUACCUUCAAAAGUUUCGAAAUGUAGGCAACCCUCCCUGGAACUCUUUUUAAAAUAAGUCACAUCAUGGAAAAUAACAUUUAAGCACAUGGUUACAGUUCAGUAGCAAUAUGUGAUGUCAGACAUUCAAGCAAAGAGUGUGAGCAAAUACCAGGACUGUGUGUGUUCGGUCCUUUCUGAAAGUACUCUGCUUAGCUUCAUCACAUCUAUCAUCAUUGCAAGGGAAGGGCAUAAGAGCAUGUGACGAAAAGAAGGAACCGUUUGUGCCUCUGUUUGAGUGUCCUUUAUCAGAUUUGCGUAUGCUUAGAUGUUAUGGUGCAAUCGUAUAUACAGUAUAUAUUUCAAUUGCUUUGCUCUAGUAUUACUCAUACUCGUAGUUCCAUCCACAGUGGAGCUUUAAGGUAAGUCUGUUUACAAACAUAAAACGCGCAAAAUGAUUUCCCGGCUUGUAAUAUCCGCACACGCUCAUAUUUAACCAGUUCAUAUUUAUCCUAAUGUGGCAUACGUCUGUCGCUGUUGAAGAGAUUAUCAUAGACUCGCUCCUCAGGUAAAUCCAUAGGUAACAGGGACAGAGCCUGGAAUAAUUCAUCCCCAGUCCAGGUUCUCCUACAGUUAAAGACACUCCCGCGGCUGUAAUACUGUUCCUCGUGUAUGUUACCGUAAACGCUCUGAACUCUUGCACAAUGCCUUCACUACAUGUCAUGUAUAAUCAGAUAUUGUUUAUAAUCCAUGCUAUGAUUAGUAGGACCUAUUACAGGAUGCAAACGAUUAGAUUUAAAGCAAAAUGAGAGUGAAACAAUAAAUGGAGUGUUAUGUUGCUGGAUAUUGUGCAUUGUACCUUGUUACAUACUCCAUAUGUUUCCUUUUGUUGCUUUUUGAUAUACUGAUGUGUGUUUGGUGACAUCCCAGUAUUACCCAUCACUCAUGUCUGCGACUAUUUUAUUUGUAUUCAGACUUUUGUUUUAAUUGAUCUUGCAUACAAGUCUAUAUUUACAUCGAUGAUUAGAGGCAAAAGCAGGAUCUAAAUACUGUGCAAUAUAUAAUGAUGGUGGAAGUUUUAUCAUGCGGUUCAAGGUCCAGCUCAACACAGGAAGUGCACCAUCACCCCUGAUGAUGAGCAAGUGAAUGUGAAACUUAUUAGAAUGUGAAAUCUUCCUGGCAGGCCUUUUUUGCAUUUUAAAUGUGCAGAAUUCAGUGGAAUGGAUUUAAAUAUGGCAUAAUGUGUUAAGUGGGGAUGGAAGUGCUUUGCUUAAUAAUAUUAGCAUAGUCAAAAUAGCCAAAAUAUGAGAAAUGAACACGGAUGAGGCAGGAAUUUGUAGAAAUUUGUGGAUGAUGGCUGGAAAUUCCAUGCAGCCUACAUUCUUGUGCCUGUAACCAUAGUGACGGAAUACAAGAGAACAUAUGAAAUUUGAAUCUUAAUUUUUAUUCUAAACUGUUUGACAUUUUAGAACACUCCUAACGUUUUCAUCGUCAAAAACUGUCUGCUUUGGUUAUUUUCCUUAUAUUUUCUCCUCCCAUUUUUUGACAGCCGUACAUUCUGUUAUUGUGUUGGCAUGUGAAUGUAGCCACUGUAAAAGAGAGUUUUGAAGGGUGAGCGCAUCUUGUUGCAAUAUAUUUAUUGUGGCAUUAAUAUUUAAUUGAAAGAUCACGGGUCAUUGAGAAGUCAGAUUAUUACUGACUGUCAUGCUACCAAUGGGAUAUCAAAUUGUGAAUUUUGACACACCUUUGUUUUUGUCACUGAUGUGUGUGUUCAUCUACCACCAUUGUCUCCUCAUUAUGUCCAAAUGCAUGACUCAAGUAUGAUCAGAGAAUGAAGAAUAACAACACAUGUAGCAUUAUCUGUUUGAGUACAGGUAGAAUGUGAAUGUGCCAUUAAAAAGGCCAUUUCCUGUUCCACCUGGAGGAAGUCAGUAUAUUCCUAUCUAUAGGUGACGGUUAGCCACAUGCCCUUCUAGCUUUUAUGAUUACAGUUAUAAUUUAUCUAUUGAGAGUAGGUGUGGGUAAAUCUCGCGAAGACAUAUCCAGGUCAUAUUUCAUAUAUUAAUUAUAUAUAAAAUUAAAUUGCAUACUGUGCAAAAAAAUAAGUCUGACAUUUUCAUGACAAUUUUAUUUUCAUAUAUUUUUUGUGAUUCUUAUGAUGAUUGAUUGUCAUUUCUGUAAUACAGUAAAAAUGAUGUAACAGAAUAACUUCGCAUAAAGCAUUGACGGCAAUGCAACAUAUAUAAUAAUGACAUACUUGUACUGUACUAUUUUUUUAUUUACAUUUAUUUUUUCCAUUACAGUAAUGGGAAUGUGGUAGGGAAAGGUACCUAAUUGUGAUAUAAAAAAAAAAAAAAUAGUUGCAAUGCUUCCCUCCCUUUUUAAAAAAAAAAAGACUUUUAAUUCUUAAAGGGUUAGUUUACCCAAAAAUGAAAAUGAUAUAAUUAAUUACUCACCCUCAUGUCGUUCCACACCCGUAAGACCUUCAUUCAUCUUCGGAACACAAA